AUGCCCAGCUAUGGACUCAGCAGGGACACUGCCGUCAUCGCUGAGCAGCUCGGCGUGGACAAGGAGAAGGUCACCCGUGAGGCGACGUUGUCUGAGCUUGGCGCCGACUCGCUGGACAUCGUCGAGUCCGUGAUGGCCCUUGAGGAGGCCUUUGACAUUGAGCUCCCGGACGAGGAGACCACCCCGUUGAAGAACUGCGGCGAUGUCAUGGAUCUGAUCCAGAGCAAGCUCUAA